GCAGCUGCAGGAGGCAGGAGAGCAACAGAGAGAGAGAGAAGGAGAGAGAGGUACAGAGAGACAGGAGGAGAACUCUCAGAGUAAACGUAGGAGGACAGAGAAGGGAACUUGUGUCAGCGUGGGUGCUGUCUGCCACAAGCUGCCUGAAGCAAGAGGAUGGCAUGCUGGAUAAAGGGACAGUGAUGAGGUCCAGUACCACACUCAAAAUGUAUGGGUCACAGUGAGAGCCUCCCGUCAUAUCAGCAGUUCCAUCAAGGUCCAUCAGAAGAAGCAGACAGCAUGCAGAACCUCCGGCAUGCAGCUUCUGAGGCUUUCCAGCGUCUCGGGUUAAAGCAAAGACAUCUGGGCUAUGAGGAGCUGGGUGAGCUGGAUGGGGUGGAGAAACCACAGCCGCACUGGUUUCACACGCUGCAGGUGCGACGGCUCAGAGUUCAGAGGGGCCGCAGUAACAGCGAUCCUAUGGGAGGAAAGAGCUUCCAGCAAGAGUUCCAGUGGAAAACUGGCCUGCAGUUUGGGAAUGCAACAUCUUAUCUAAAUCUUGAAAAACUAGGAGAGGGCACAUAUGCCACAGUUUACAAAGGAAUUAGCAGGAUAAAUGGUCAUCUUGUGGCUUUAAAGGUGAUUCACAUGAAAACCGAAGAAGGAAUUCCAUUCACUGCUAUUAGAGAAGCCUCCUUGUUAAAAGGCCUUAAACAUGCCAACAUAGUCCUUCUCCACGACAUCAUCCACACGCGAGAGUCUCUCACCUUUGUCUUUGAGUAUGUGCAAACAGAUCUGGCUCAAUACAUGAUUCAGCAUCCUGGUGGACUUCACUCAUACAAUAUCAGGCUCUUCAUGUUUCAGUUGCUGCGAGGAUUGUCUUACAUUCACAGCAGAAGAAUUCUGCAUCGAGACCUCAAACCUCAGAAUUUGCUCAUCAGCUAUUUGGGAGAACUCAAAUUAGCCGAUUUUGGUCUGGCCCGAUCUAAAUCCAUACCGUGCCAAACGUACUCUGCCGAGGUCGUGACUUUAUGGUACCGCCCACCAGAUGUUCUCAUGGGCUCUACUGAUUACUCCACAGCCCUGGACAUCUGGGGAGCCGGCUGCAUUUUUAUUGAGAUGCUACAGGGGUCACCAGCGUUUCCUGGAGUUGCUGAUGUCUUUGAGCAGCUGCUGAAGAUUUGGACAGUCCUCGGGGUCCCGACCGAGGAGAGCUGGCCAGGUGUCAGUGAUCUGCCAAACUAUAAACCAGAGUGGUUCCUGCCCUGCAAGCCCCAGCAAUUUCGAGAUGUCUGGAAAAGACUCGCUCAGUUACCUUAUAAGACGGAGGAUCUGGCCCAGCAGAUGCUGAUGAUGAUUCCAAAGGACAGGAUUUCAGCCCAGGAUGCAUUGCUGCACCCAUAUUUCAACACUCUUCCACCUCCGUUAAUGCAUCUAAGGGACACCGUGUCCAUCUUUAAGGUGCCGGGCGUGAGGUUAGAGACGGAAGCGAGGGAUAUCUUCAGCCCCAGCAGACGAACGAAAUCACCUCUUGCUCCGCUGGCCAAGUGCUGGUGAAAGACUCGCAUUUGUAAAUAGUUGGUGUGCUUGUGAAAACCAAAAACACACCAGCAUGAGUAAACGUGACACUGUUGCAGCAUGACGGUCAGUUUGUAUGUAGUUUAUUCAGAUAUAAAUCAGAUUAAUCAAAUAUAUUUCUUAAGGAAUAUCAGAUUCAGUUUCAUAAGACUCAUGUUUUUACAUUUUGAACCAGUAAUACCUUUUUGUGGUAGAUCAUGACGAUCCAAAGCUGAUUUAUCACUGUAUUUUGAGAUCAUAUUCAUUGAGAGAGGAUCAGAUAUGUCUGCUUUCUGCCUCUCGGCAAAGUGAUGUCCAGAGUCUGUUUACAGCACACUUUCUUUGUGAAUAAGUUUAAAUUAAAUGCACUUAUUAAUUUUGAUAUGUAACUACAUUUUUGUAUAUAUUGCAUUAAAAAGAGAGAGAGUGUGAGAGAGAUGGAUUGGGAAUAUGAUAUGAAAAUGCGUGGAAGAAUAUACCUACUAAUAUUUCAAAGCUCUAUUGUACAGUGUGCAGGUGAAAAAAAUUACUUGUAUGCAUUCAUAAAACACCUGGAGAGUGUCACCUGAAAUUACCUGUUUUUGUACAGCGCAUACUCAUAUUUCUGUGGCCACCAUGUCAAAACAUGUUUAGUACUGUUUUUAGCUAAGUUUGUAUCAGAAUUGUUUCGGUAUAUUUACAUUUUACAUAUUAGCUAUGUAUGUAUAAGAUGCAGAGAUUCAAACAUGUGCUGUGAGAGAUGUACAGAAAUACUGGUCACCAACAAAUAACAGAUACAAAUAAUAGAAACAAUCACUGUUUCAAUGCUGAUGUCAUACAUGGAUGAGUAUAUUCACACACUUCAACAUAAUCUGCAAUACUGUGAAAAUUGUGUACAUGUUCAUAAAAUUGUAUACAAUCCCACUGUGUCUUGACUUCUGAAUAAAUACUGUAAAAACUA